UAACCGUGUCUACCCCUAACCAAUCCGCUAUCGAAACGUGUCCGGGACUUUCCAUUUUUGUUCCCUCCGUUUCGCUCUUCACUCAAGCUCCUCAUUUCCUCCCUGAACCGCACACCACCGGGCACCGGCGAGGAAGGACGUGAAACGGAGCAUGAGGUGAAUGAUUUGUUGUUCUAUUGUCUUUCUUAAAUCGUCUGCUGUCUCGUUUCCGGACUGGAUCGGCUUGUCGCUGAGUUGAUUGCUUGUAGCAAAGAAGAAGCAACACUGGCUGUGAUGAGAGGAAGCCUCUUGGUUAACCGUCGCGGGAUGCAGAGAUUUCGGCAACUCGCGAUCACUGCCGCUGGAUCGAUUAAGAUUAAGCUCUUACUCUGCUGUUGCAUAGCUUUUACGCUGCUCGCGCUCGCUGGACGCGCAUCGGAUUUCAUGAGAUGGACCAAACACGUUGUUUGUGCUGAUCAGCUCUCUGUUCCUGGGAAAGGUUAUGCUGUGUUAAUUAACACAUGGAAGAGAUAUGAUCUUUUGAAGCAGUCAAUUUCCCACUAUUCAUCUUGUGCUGGGCUUGAUUCUAUACAUAUAGUGUGGAGUGAGCCCAAUCCUCCAUCAGAAUCUCUUGUUAGUUAUCUAAAUCACGUUCUACAAUCAAAAUCUAAAGGUGCUAGGCAGGCAGAAUUGAAAUUUGAUAUCAACAAGGAAGACAGUUUGAAUAAUAGAUUCAAAGAAAUUAAGGAUUUGAAGACUGAUGCUGUUUUCUCAAUUGAUGAUGAUGUUAUAUUUCCUUGCUCUUCAGUGGAAUUUGCUUUCAACGUUUGGCAGAGUGCCCCAGAUACAAUGGUGGGCUUUGUGGCCCGUGCCCAUUGGGUUGAUCGAUUGGAAGGUAAAAAAGAUUAUUACAUAUAUGGUGGAUGGUGGUCUGUUUGGUGGACUGGUACAUAUAGCAUGGUACUCUCUAAGGCAGCCUUUUUUCACAAAAAGUAUCUCAGCUUAUAUACAAAUGAGAUGCCAGCAUCAAUCAGAGAAUACAUAACCAAGAAUAGGAAUUGUGAAGAUAUUGCAAUGUCCUUUCUCAUUGCAAAUUCAACUGGAGCUCCACCUAUUUGGGUGAAAGGCAAUAUAUAUGAGAUUGGAUCGACUGGAAUUAGUAGCUUGGGAGGUCAUAGCGAGAGAAGAACUACAUGCGUUAACAGAUUUGUUGCGGAGUAUGGACGAAUGCCUCUGGUAUAUUCAUCAGUUAAGGCUGUUGAUAGCCGCCACGCCUGGUUUUGGUGAUGCUGGACGUUCCACUAUUUUUGAAUUGCUGAAUUUCCGCUUCUUUUUGGGUAAUCAUUUGAGCAAAUCAAUUCUUUUUGAUCUGUAUAAUAGUUUAGAUUCUGCAUUAUUUGUCUUUUUGAGAUAGAAGCUAAUUUAAUAUUCUUCCUUAGAUUGAUUACUUACUAGUAGUCUCACCAUGUAACUAGAAGAUAGUUGCCACUAGUAGUAGUAAUGUAAAAUGCAAUUUACCUCUUGACUAUUACUCCUUUGAUGGAUAAAUCUAACCUUUCAAAUA